CGCUUCAGCAUGGCGUAUACCAGAAAACAAGUCGUUACAUGCAUCAGCAUUGUCUUCCUCCUGCUAGUAACAGCCUUAGCAGCCUAUGCUUCUUCCGAGAACGAGCGCUUUUCCAUUCCCAUUCCCAACGGCCUCAGUUACGCCACUACUCUCCUCCCGCUCGUCUCGGGCUUGCUGUUGGAGUUUGGCUAUGACAUCACCCGAAUCCAAGAACGCCGCAAGCGACUCCCCCGAGGCAAUACUACUCGGCCUGCGCCAGUCAUCGUUGCCAAUACUCUCAUCUUCAUCUACUCGACUGUUGUCAUCACCCUGCUUGGUACCCAUGCGGCUCCACCACCAGGUCACGAUUGUGCUUUGAGAGAGCGCUGGACGGCAUUGUUCAAGAGUAAGAAUGUGGAGGGAAUUCGGACGAUACAGCAGGCGCUGCAAUGCUGUGGGUUUCAGAACUCACGGGACAUGUCAUGGCCAUUCCCUGAUAAAACCCACGAUGCGACGGCUUGUGAGAAGACGUUUGGACACUCCAAUGGCUGUUUCGAGCCUUGGAAAGGCCAGGAGCGGAGGGUUGCUGGCAUCUUGAUGGCUGUCGUUGGCCUGGUAUUUGUCUGGCAGUUCACCAUCAUCGCCGUACCCACGGAACGCGAAUCCUGGCUUCACAGCGUCGUUCCCGAUCGCGUUUCGCGCAUCAUCGCCGCUGACGACGAAGAAAGUGGUGGUGGUGGAUCGCGACCUAAUAUUGGCUUCCUGACUGCCUCCAACGGCUAUUCGGAUCGAGUGCAGGAGGAGAUCAGUGACGAUGAGGGGGGAGCGCGUGGUGGAGCUCGGCGGGCAAUCGAGGGAGGGGUGCAGCAAGUGAGGAGUGCCCUUGAUGGACAGCCGGAGGAGCCCGAUCAUGCGCCAGAUGAGAAUGCGUGGUUGAGGUCCUGAUAAAAUAUUGAAGAGAUAUUUGCGGGUGAUUGCUGCCCACGCACAGGUGCUGU